AUGAUCUCGUCCAGCCCUCUUAUCUUGACUGCCAUUCUGGCCGGUACUGGCGCUCUUGGCUCAGCCCUGCCCCCCAACGCCAAGGUCGGUACCACGGUCCUGAACCGGGAUGAGGGUACUUCAGGCCGUGCUUCGUUGACGCAGAUCCGCAACCCUAACCAUGCGUUCAACGGAGCACUGUCAGUCUACAAGACAUAUCUGAAGUACAACGCUCCGAUCCCGCAGUAUCUGAAGGACGCCGUUGCCAACUUCACCCUGUCUCGCCGAGACACCGGCAGCGCCACGACGACGCCCAUCGACUCGUUUGACAACGCGUACAUCACGCCCGUCUCUAUCGGCACCCCUCCGCAGACCUUGAACCUGGACUUUGACACUGGCUCAUCUGACCUCUGGGUCUUUAGCAGCGAGACCCCAAGCUCGGAGAGAAAUGGCCAGAACAUCUAUGACCCUGGCAGCAGCAGCACCGCAAACCAAAUGUCUGGCUACACCUGGUCCAUCUCGUAUGGCGAUGGCAGCUCAUCCAACGGCGAUGUGUACCAAGAUCAGGUGACCGUCGGUGGCCUGACCGUUGCCCAGCAGGCGGUUGAGUCCGCCCAGCAGGUCUCCUCAUCCUUCACUAGCCAGAGCGCCAUUGACGGGCUUCUCGGCCUCGGCUUCGACAGCCUGAACACUGUUUCUCCCCAGAAGCAGCCUACCUGGUUUGAUAGCAUCAAGCCCUCUCUUGACGCGCCCCUCUUCACUGCUGAUCUCAAGUACCAUGCUCCCGGCACAUACAACUUUGGUUACAUUGACAGCUCUGCAUACACUGGCGACAUUACUUACACCAGCGUCAACACCAACCCGGGCUAUUGGACCUUCACCUCGUCCGGCUACGCCAUCGGCACGGGAUCCUUUUCCAGCUCCAGCAUCAGCGGCAUCGCUGACACAGGCACCACCCUGCUGUACCUGCCCACCAGCAUCGUGCGCGCCUACUACGCCAAGAUCAGAGGCUCUUCUAACAGCAACACCUACGGCGGCUAUGUCUUCCCCUGCAGCGCAACCGUGCCCAGCUUCACCUUUGGCGUCGGCUCCGCCAGGAUCACCAUCCCUGGUACCUUCAUCAACUACGGCCCGGUGCAGACGGGCAGCUCGACCUGCUUCGGCGGCAUGCAGUCCAGCUCCGGUGUCGGCAUCAAUAUCUUUGGCGACGUUGCUCUCAAGGCCGCCUUUGUCGUCUUCAAUGGCGGCUCGCCCCCAACUCUCGGUUGGGCCUCCAAGCCUCUAUGA